AUGGCACCCCGCGCCCGCCACGUUGUGGCCAAGGCGCUGGGUAUCAACCUCCGGGAGGAUCUUGAGAAGCCAGGAGCAUCGACGUUCUCCGAGCGAACGGACCACACCUUUGUCGAGGAGUCCCCUCAGGUCCUUGAAUACCUGACCGGCCUUGUCCCGUCCAGGAAAGAAUCUUAUCACUAUGUUCUCUCCCUGUUCCCCUUCGUCUCCUGGAUCGGCCACUACAAUGCGCAGUGGUUCCUGGGCGACCUUGUUGCGGGCAUCACCAUCGGCGCCGUGGUGGUCCCGCAGGGGAUGGCAUAUGCCAAGCUGGCCAACCUCCCGGUCGAGUUCGGCCUGUACUCGUCCUUCAUGGGCGUCUUGAUCUACUGGCUGUUUGCGACCUCGAAGGACAUCACCAUUGGCCCUGUGGCCGUGAUGUCCCAACUCACCGGCGGGAUUGUCGCCGACCUGGCCAAGACGCUGCCCGAAUACCCGGGCCAUGUCAUUGCUUCGGCUCUUGGCAUCCUCGCCGGCGCCAUUGUUCUCUUCAUCGGGCUCAUUCGCUGCGGGUGGAUUGUCGACGUUAUCUCGCUCACUGCGCUCUCGGCCUUCAUGACGGGCUCGGCUCUCAACAUCGUGGUUGGCCAGAUUCCUGCCAUGAUGGGCAUCAGCGGCUUCUCGACUCGCGACGCGCCCUACCUCGUCUUCAUCCACACCCUUCAGGGCCUGCCGCGUACGACGCUGGAUGCUGCCAUGGGCCUCACCGCCCUGACGAUGCUCUAUGCGAUCAGGGCAGUGUGCUCGUAUUCUGCGAAGCGCUGGCCGAAGCACCAGCGGUUGAUCUUCUUCCUCUCGACGCUACGAACCGUCUUUGUCAUCCUGCUCUACACCAUGAUCAGCUGGCUGGUCAACCGGGGCCUGCCUAAGGAUCAGAUCAAGUUCAAGCUUCUGCUGGACGUUCCGAGAGGCUUCCAGCACGCGGCUGUUCCCGUGUUGAAUCAGCGGAUCGCCAGCCACCUCGCCGGCUACUUGCCAGCAACCGUUAUCGUCCUGCUGAUCGAGCACAUCGCGAUCUCCAAGUCGUUUGGGCGGGUGAACAACUACACCAUCAACCCGUCGCAGGAAAUGGUGGCCAUUGGCGUCUCCAACAUGCUGGGCCCCUUUUUGGGCGGAUAUCCUGCAACCGGCUCCUUCAGCCGGACCGCUAUCAAGUCGAAAGCCGGCGUCCGAACUCCGUUUGCUGGUGUGAUCACCGCGGUUGUGGUCCUCCUCGCCAUCUACGCCCUGCCAGCCGUUUUCUACUACAUCCCGAAUGCCUCGCUCGCGGCCGUCAUUAUCCAUGCUGUCGGUGAUCUUAUUACGCCGCCAAACACCAUCUACCAGUUCUGGCUCGUUUCGCCGCUGGAGGUGUUUAUCUUUUUUGUCGGUGUCAUCGUUACUGUCUUUUCGACCAUCGAGAACGGCAUCUACUGCACGGUCUGCCUCUCGGCCGCGAUGCUUCUCUUCCGUAUCCUCAGGGCUAAGGGCCGGUUUUUGGGCCGUGUGAGGGUGGCAUCCGUGCUCGAUGACCACGUUGUCGGCGACGACUUCCGGCCGAUCGCCUAUGGUACAUUCACUGGAUCCCCCGAGGCACCCUUCCGCAACGUGUUUCUCCCCAUCACCCACGCGGACGGCUCUAACCCGGAGGUGGAGCUCGACAAUCCGUAUCCGGGCAUCUUCAUCUACCGCUUCUCCGAAGGCUUCAACUACACCAACGCUAGCCAUAGCUUGGAGUACAUGACGGAGUACAUAUUCGCCCACACCCGACGCACCAACCUCACGCACUUCGAACGACAAGGCGACCGCCCGUGGAACGACCCCGGCCCGUCGCGCAAGAAACUCAAGGCCGCCGUGGCCGCCGGCGCCAAUGCUGCCACCGCCGACGUCGACACGAGCAAGCCGACGCUGAAGGCCAUCAUCCUCGACUUCAGCUCGGUCAACCACGUCGACAUCACGUCGGUGCAGCAGCUGAUCGACGUGCGCAACCAACUCGACCGGUACGCGUCGCCGGACACGGUCGACUGGCACAUCGCGUGCAUCAGCAACCGCUGGGCCAAGCGCGCCCUGGCCGCCGCCGGGUUCGGCUACCCGACCAUGCGCCCGGACGUGCCGCACCUGCGGUGGAAGAGCAUCUUCAGCGUGGCCGAGAUCGGCGGCGCUCAGAGCGCGGCCGCGGCCGCCGAGCUGGAGGACAACGAGAAGGAGCUCGAGUCGCUGCACCGCCGCCAGUCGCACGCGCCGGACCUCGAGGCCGGGCUGUCGAAGGGCGGCGACCAGAGCAGCCCCGUCGAGACAGCGACAGCGACAGCGACGGAAGAGUAUCAUGGCACUAGCGCUGCGGCGCCGCAUGCGCGUGCUGCUGGGUGUACGCUGAAUUCGGGGCGGACGGUGGCCGUGCACGGCAUCAACAGGCCGCUGUUCCAUGUCGAUUUGACGAGUGCGCUGCAGAGCGCGAUCGCAAACGUCGAGGCCAGGGCCGAGGUGGACGGCAAUGAGCUGCCUGCUGUUGGUGAGCAGCCGAAGAAGUCGGAUAGUGGCGAGGCGACGGAUACAAGUGGCAGUUCGUCUUGAGGAUUUUGGAUUAUUAACUCUAUUGUGUGUGGUGUGUGUGUGUGUGUGUGUGUGUGUG